CGACAACCGAGCCGCGGCUGCCGGGCGGGGAGAGCGCCGGGCUCAGCCGGGCUCAGCGGCGCUCGCAGCUACCGCCCUGCCCUCUUGCGCCCGCCUCUACCGCGGGGCGAGGGCGUGGGGACAGCGCACACUAAGAGCCACCAGCCCGUCAGCAGCACGCCCUGUGGCCCCAGGCCGCAGGCGGGGGCUGCAGGCUUCCACCAAGUAGCUAGCUUUGCAGCUUCAAGCGACCCGAGCCCCGGGAGGGAGUGGGCGCUGAGACAAGCAGGGGCGGCGCGGGCGGAGAGAGCUGUCCGCCUGCAGCGCACUCGGCGCCGCUGUCGAUGUGGCCACGCGCCGCGGGACCCCUGGGCAGCUCCGAGCGCGCGGUCGGACGGUGUCGCGCCACGGGCGCUCGGGGCCCCCGGAAUCGCGGUGCUACGGCUGCGACAAUGCUCGUGACCUCCGCCGCGAAGUCACCGCCUCACGGCGCUGCCAAGACCUCCUCGGCGAGCUUCGGCGCCAGGCACCCGCCCGUUUCCAGCUGGAUGUGACUGACUCCUUGCUGCCGCUCCCUCCCUGUCUGCGCGCCGCUAGGACUCGAAGCCCCGGAGGCGGCCACAGGGCCGAGGCGCUCGCCCUAGUGGGCAAGUUUGGGGGACCCGCGCUGAGGAGCGGUCGGCUUCGACCGCCGCCGGCCAGCUCACCCGGGCACCGGCAGCGCCGGCCCCACGGCGCGCACCCCCCCUACCCCCCUACUCCAGCGGUGGACAUGUGGAGAAGUGAGGGGGCGGCAGUGUCGGGAACUGGCUGGUCUUAAAACUGGGCUCUGCAGCCGUGGAAGGGGGGACUAGCUGCUCCGGGAGACUGAGUGCGACCUCAGAGAUGCCCGGAAAACGGCUGCCACGGCUGGGACGCGGCGCAGCUGCGGCCGAGUCGGAUGUGUACACGAUGCGAGCCGCUCCGGCGAGGGGCUGAGGGCUCCCGCCGCAGCUCCCUGGGACCCGCUGCUCCCUCGGACCGCUCGUGACCUCUCCAGCCAGCCUGGUUCGCCCUGCUGCCCCUGUACCGGCCGGAGGAAAGUUCCCAAGGUCCCCGCGCCUCCCUGGCUUUGGGCUCUUGCAACCGCACACUUCGGUACGCGGAGGCGCUCCGGCCGCCCAGUGGACUGCCCGCCCCUACCUGGCCGUCCCUCCCCCCGCCCCCAUCGCCGCUGCGAGGCGCCCUCCCCCGCCCUCGACUCCCCUCCCCCAAACCCCAGCCCGAGCUCGCUCCUGCGCGCACGCUCUCCCGGGCCCAAGUGAAUAGUCCUCGCGCGAGCGGGACACGGUGGUGGAUGCAAUUCCGCUCGCCUCCAGCCGCCAGGAGCUCCCCGGCGCUGCAGGCAGCGUCGUCCUCCCAAGCAGCUGCACUUGCACCUGGGCAGCCUGGACCCUCGUGCCCUGGGCUCGGGGCCUCGCACGGGGGGCGCCCCGGGACACCCCCUGCGGGCCGGGUGGAGGAGGAGGCGGAGGAGGAGGAAGAAGACGUGGACCAGGACCCCUACGCUACCUACAACACCUGGCCGCGCCGCUGCCCCUUCUUUUUGAGGGGGAGGAGGAGCGCGUCGGGGAGAGCCAUGGGGGGCUGCGAAGUCCGGGAAUUUCUUUGGCAAUUUGGUUUCUUCUUGCCUUUGCUGACAGCUUGGCCGGGCGACUGCAGUCAUGUCUCCAACAACCAAGUUGUGUUACUUGAUACAACAACUGUACUGGGAGAACUAGGGUGGAAAACAUAUCCAUUAAAUGGGUGGGAUGCCAUCACUGAAAUGGAUGAACACAAUAGACCCAUUCACACAUACCAAGUAUGUAAUGUCAUGGAACCAAAUCAAAACAACUGGCUUCGCACAAACUGGAUCUCCCGUGAUGCAGCCCAGAAAAUUUACGUGGAAAUGAAGUUCACACUGAGGGAUUGUAACAGCAUCCCAUGGGUCUUAGGGACUUGCAAAGAAACAUUUAAUCUGUAUUAUAUGGAAUCAGAUGAGUCCCAUGGAAUUAAAUUCAAGCCAAGCCAGUAUACAAAGAUUGACACAAUUGCUGCUGAUGAGAGUUUUACCCAGAUGGAUUUGGGUGAUCGCAUCCUGAAACUCAACACUGAAAUUCGUGAGGUGGGGCCUAUAGAAAGGAAAGGAUUUUAUCUGGCUUUUCAAGACAUUGGUGCAUGUAUUGCCCUGGUCUCAGUCCGCGUUUUUUAUAAAAAAUGCCCCUUCACUGUUAGAAACUUGGCCAUGUUUCCUGACACCAUUCCAAGGGUUGAUUCUUCGUCAUUGGUUGAAGUACGAGGCUCUUGUGUGAAGAGUGCUGAAGAGCGUGACACUCCUAAACUCUAUUGUGGAGCUGAUGGAGAUUGGCUAGUUCCUCUCGGAAGGUGUAUCUGCAGUACAGGAUAUGAAGAAAUUGAGGGCUCUUGCCAUGCUUGCAGACCAGGAUUCUAUAAAGCAUUUGCCGGCAACGCAAAGUGUUCUAAAUGCCCUCCACACAGUUUAACCUACAAGGAAGCAACUUCUGUGUGUCAGUGUGAGAAGGGUUAUUUCCGAGCUGAAAAAGACCCACCUUCCAUGGCAUGUACCAGGCCACCUUCAGCUCCUAGGAAUGUGGUUUUUAACAUCAAUGAAACAGCCCUUAUUUUGGAAUGGAGCCCACCAAGUGACACAGGAGGGAGAAAAGAUCUCACAUACAGUAUAAUCUGUAAGAAAUGUGGCUUAGACACCAGCCAGUGUGAGGACUGUGGUGGAGGACUCCGCUUCAUCCCAAGACACACUGGCCUGAUCAACAAUUCCGUGAUCGUACUUGACUUUGUGUCUCACGUGAAUUACACCUUUGAAAUAGAAGCCAUGAAUGGAGUUUCCGAGUUGAGUUUUUCUCCCAAGCCGUUCACAGCUAUUACAGUGACCACGGAUCAAGAUGCACCUUCUCUGAUAGGCAUGGUAAGGAAGGACUGGGCUUCCCAGAAUAGCAUUGCCCUAUCAUGGCAAGCUCCUGCUUUUUCCAAUGGAGCCAUUCUUGACUACGAGAUCAAGUACUAUGAGAAAGCCUACCCACGGAUAGCGCCGGCAUUUUGGCACUACCUGCGGGUAGAAGAGCAUGAGCAGCUCACCUAUUCCUCCACGAGAUCCAAGGCCCCCAGUGUCAUCAUCACAGGUCUCAAGCCAGCCACCAAGUACAUAUUUCAUAUCCGAGUGAGGACUGCAACAGGAUACAGUGGCUACAGUCAGAAGUUUGAAUUUGAAACAGGAGAUGAAACUUCUGACAUGGCAGCAGAACAAGGGCAGAUUCUCGUGAUAGCCACAGCAGCUGUUGGGGGAUUCACUCUUCUGGUCAUCCUCACUUUGUUCUUCUUAAUAACUGGAAGGUGCCAAUGGUACAUAAAAGCCAAAAUGAAGUCAGAAGAGAAGAGAAGAAACCAGCUACAGAAUGGGCAUUUACGCUUCCCAGGAGUUAAAACUUAUAUCGACCCUGAUACAUAUGAAGACCCAUCCCUAGCAGUUCAUGAAUUUGCAAAAGAGAUUGAUCCUUCAAGAAUUCGCAUCGAGAGAGUCAUUGGAGCAGGUGAAUUUGGAGAAGUAUGUAGUGGGCGUUUGAAGACACCAGGUAAAAGAGAGAUCCCAGUUGCCAUCAAAACAUUGAAAGGCGGCCACAUGGAUCGGCAGAGAAGAGAUUUUCUAAGAGAAGCUAGUAUCAUGGGUCAGUUUGACCAUCCAAAUAUCAUCCGCCUAGAAGGUGUGGUCACAAAAAGAUCCUUCCCAGCCAUUGGGGUGGAGACGUUUUGCCCCAGCUUCCUGAGGGCAGGGUUUUUAAAUAGCAUCCAGGCCCCGCAUCCAGUGCCAGGGGGAGGAUCUCUGCCCCCCAGGAUUCCUGCUGGCAGACCAGUAAUGAUUGUGGUGGAAUACAUGGAGAAUGGAUCCCUAGACUCCUUUUUAAGGAAACAUGAUGGCCACUUUACAGUCAUCCAGCUGGUCGGGAUGCUCCGAGGCAUUGCGUCAGGCAUGAAAUACCUUUCUGACAUGGGUUACGUGCAUCGAGACCUAGCAGCAAGGAAUAUAUUGGUCAACAGCAACUUAGUGUGCAAAGUUUCUGAUUUUGGUCUCUCCCGGGUGCUGGAAGAUGACCCAGAAGCUGCUUAUACAACAACUGGUGGGAAAAUCCCUAUACGGUGGACAGCCCCAGAAGCUAUAGCCUACAGAAAAUUCUCCUCGGCGAGUGAUGCCUGGAGCUACGGCAUUGUCAUGUGGGAGGUCAUGUCCUAUGGAGAGAGACCCUACUGGGAAAUGUCUAACCAAGACGUCAUUCUGUCCAUUGAAGAAGGUUACAGACUUCCAGCUCCCAUGGGCUGUCCAGCUUCUCUACACCAACUGAUGCUCCACUGCUGGCAGAAGGAGAGAAACCACAGACCAAAAUUUACUGACAUUGUCAGCUUCCUUGACAAACUGAUCCGCAAUCCCAGUGCCCUUCACACCCUGGUGGAGGACAUCCUUGUAAUGCCAGAGUCCCCUGGUGAAGUUUCCGAAUAUCCUUUAUUUGUUACAGUCGGUGACUGGCUGGAUUCUAUAAAGAUGGGACAAUAUAAAAAUAACUUCAUGGCAGCAGGAUUUACAACUUUUGAUCUGAUUUCAAGAAUGAGCAUUGAUGACAUUAGGAGAAUUGGAGUCAUACUCAUUGGACACCAGAGACGAAUAGUCAGCAGUAUACAGACUUUACGUUUACACAUGAUGCACAUACAGGAGAAAGGAUUUCAUGUAUGAAAGUACUACCUGCACCUGUGUUUUGUGCCUCAGCAUUUCUAAAAUGAAAGAAAGAUAUACUCUCUUCCACCCUUUCUUCAGAUUCUCCAGACAUCACUUCACAAACCACGCUGUCCUGCUCAGACUCUAAGCACAUACUUUAUGUUUAUGCUUCCAACUUGGAUUUUAAAGUCAUGCUCCAUAGGUCUUCUCUGAAUAACCUGCAAGUGAAACCCUGGCCCACUGCAGAUUAUCACUACGCAAUGAUAGAUAACUCAGCAUGGAUGUGUAAUUCUGUACAGCAGUACUUGUAUUUGGGAAGUGUUCAUGGUCUUAACCAGAAGGAAUUAGUCCAGGUGUGGCAUCCUUAAUGAUGCAUGUAGAGUUUGAUUGUAGAUGAGAAAGAGAUAGUUGACUUUUCUUUCAUGUUUUGUGAUCAAGUAAUUUCCAAAUUGACAUAAAUAUUUAUAUUUUAAUUAAUUAUAUUCAACUCUAUGGGUUGUAUUGUUGUUUAUUUUUUAACCAUUUAAUUGUUGGUGCCUGAUGUUGGUAGAAUUACUUACAGAAAUGACCAAUGACUCCAUGUAGUGAAUUCUUGUUAGUUGUGACUAUGGUAAGAAAAGGGUUAUUGGGGAGGGAGAGGGUGAAAAAUAAUGUGCUUUUAAAUCUUC